AUGACAACACCCUUGACCUCUGCACCCGCGGACAAACCAAAAGUCAAAAUCAUCACGAACCCCCGCCGUCUCCUGAUCCUAACACCAACAACCCAAUCCCUAACAACAAUCCCACCCCUCCUACACUCCUUAACCGGCGUCCCUAUUACCAACCCUCCGCAGCAAGAAAAAGAACCCGAAUCCAAAGAAGCACCUACUACACAAACAACCUCCUUCGCAGGCUACACGACUCACAGCCCCCUCCGCCUCUCAACAAAAUACUACACUGCCGAAGUCCCUCUAUGGGUCGACGAGAUCCCGCUCCUCGAGAAAACAGAAAGCUCAACGCAAUGGCGCACAGAGUUCCUAAGCGGUGAAGCCGAGAUUGUGCGCGAAGCAGUCGGCGCAUUGGUUGUUUGCGUGCAUGCGCCGGAACUGAGCUCGAAUCCUACUGAUAGAGAUACGGAUAUUGCGGAUCGGGAGGAUGUGCGUGCUGUGCGCGAGUUGAUGCGUGAUGUUGGGGCUGUGAAGUCUGUUAUUGAUGAGGAGAGGGGUGGGAUGGGGGAUGUUCCUGGUCUUCUUGUUCUUGUUGGAGGCAAGAAGAGUGCGUCAGGUACGGCCAAAGCUGCGGCUACGGCUACGGCUACGGCUAUGGCCGAGGAUGAGUUGGGAUUAGGUGUUGGGGAUGAUGAGCUUGGGGAAGAUGCGGCACCGUUGUCGGUUGGCUGGUGGGAGGACCAGAUGUUUGAUAUGGGGUUGUUUGGGUGGGAGGUUAUUGAGUGGGAUCCUGCAGAGCAGGGUGGUGAAGUUACGAGGAAUAAGUUUGGAGAGUACGAGGGCAUGCCCCGUAUCAAAGAAGUUCUCGAAACACACGACUGGACAGCUUCCGGGGAUUCAUUCGACGUCGACGAGCUUGAUAUGGAUGAUGACUUUGAUGAAUUUAUGAGUGGUGAUAAAUCACACUCGCGAGGUUUCGGGGAUGAAGUCAAUGAGUUGGAGCGUGAAAUGUUUGGCCUGCGGAUGGCUAUUGAGCGUGGUGGGGAUGGACAUGACGAUAGCGAGGGUGAGAAUGAGGGGGAGGAGGAGGAGGAUCAGGUUGAGUCCAUCGAGGCGCUGAUGCUGCGCAUGCAGUCGAUACGAGAUAUGAGCGCUGAUAUGCCGGAGGCUCAGAGGAAGAGAUUUGCUGCGAAGGCUGUACAAGAUAUUAUGCGGGAUUUAUGA